AUGAAGGCACCUCCCGAGGGGCCAGCCAUGUUCUUCUCUGACGGCUCCACCUUGCUACGAUCUAUGAAAGAUGAAAGUCUUCGAGCCACGUGGGCACCAUCGCUCAUUGACCCAUCACCGGCCAGCGCACAACUUGCUCGUGCACAUUUCGAGAAGCAUCCUCCCAACAAUCUGCGCAAGUCGAACUUUUUCCACUUUGUCGUUGCCUUAUACGAUCGUGCAAGUCAACCUAUCGAAAUUGAACGGACACAAUUCGCUGGCUUCGUCGAAAAGGAUAGAGAAAUUGACGGACAAGACACGAAGAACGGAAUUCACUACAAGCUUUAUGUGCUAUUUCAAAAUGGACUUCGAGCUGAGCAAGACCUCUACGUCAGACUUAUUGACAGUGUAUCGAAACAGGCGAUCGCGUAUGAGGGUCAGGAUAAAAAUCCGGAAAUGUGCCGAGUAUUGUUGACGCAUGAAGUGAUGUGCAGUCGGUGUUGUGAGAAGAAAAGCUGUGGGAAUCGCAAUGAAACACCCAGUGACCCCAUAAUUAUUGACAAAUACUUCCUCAAAUUUUUUCUGAAGUGUAACCAGAACUGUCUGAAGAAUGCCGGGAAUCCUCGAGAUAUGCGCCGAUUUCAGGUUGUGCUGAGUACUACUGCAAGAAUUGAUGGACCAUUACUAGCUGUCUCUGAGAACAUGUUUGUCCACAAUAAUUCAAAGCAUGGGCGAAGAGUGAAAAGAGUGGACACAUCUGAUGGUAUAUUUUCUAGGUUUCAAAUUGGAAACGCAGCUGAUCCGCUGCUGGUCAUAGUAAUAGGAGAGAACUUCUUCGAAGGUUUGCAAAUCGCUUUUGGUUCAACAACAGUUUGGAGUGAGCUCGUACAAGUAAUCUCCCCGCAUGCCAUGAGGGUUACGAGUCCACCUCGUCACAACGCUGGAGUAGUCGAAGUAACCCUUCAAUACAAAAACAAACAAUACAGCAGAGGUUCACCAGUUCGGUUCACAUACGCGUCUUUGACGGAGCCAAGUAUCGAUUUCGGUUUCCAGCGGCUGCAAAAACUCCUUCCUAAAUAUCCGGGAGAUCCAGAGCGUCUUCCAAAGGAAAUCAUAUUAAAAAGAGCAGCCGAGCUAGCUGAAGCUCUCUACAUAUCUUUUUGUAGAACUCAGGCAGAACAGUUGAGCAACUAUGCGUCUGUAUACUCAGCAGGAUUUGAGUCAUCUACAGGUAAUUCUGUGACAUUACUAUAA